GCGGCCCGCGAACGUUGGGCGGGGAAACUUUCCUCUGCUUUCCUCCCAACUUGCUGCGGGUGGAUCUCCGCUUGACACACUGCCUCCGAGACAAUUUGAAAAUCAUAGAGGAGGAUUUUAAGGCUAGACCUGAUUUGCAAAGGUUGUCUGCAAUCUGAAGAGCGACAGGCUGAGGUGACGGAAUGUUGCACACUUCUGGAGAAAUAAAAAUGACUUCUCACUGUGUGAUUGCCAUGUGUGCUCUAAUGAGUUCCUGUUUGGCCACCGCAGCAGGUCCAGAGCCCGGCGCCCCGUGUGAACUGUCACCUGUCAACGCAUCCCAUCCGGUCCAGGCCUUGAUGGAGAGCUUCACCGUCCUGUCGGGCUGCGCCAGCAGAGGCACGACGGGGCUGCCGCAGGAGGUGCACGUCCUGAACCUCCGGACCGCCGACCAGGGGCCUGGCCAGCCACAGAGAGAGGUCACUCUGCACCUCAACCCCAUCUCCUCAGUCCACAUUCACCACAAGCCUGUUGUGUUCCUGCUCAACUCCCCAAAGCCUCUUAUCUGGCAUCUGAAGACAGAGCGGCUUGCAAUUGGCGUCUCCCGACUUUUUUUGGUGUCUGAGGGUUCUUUGGUCCAAUUUUCAUCAAGAAACUUCUCACUGUCAGCAGAAACAGAAGAAAGGAACUUCCCACAUGGAAAUGAACAUCUGUUAAAUUGGGCCCGAAAAGAGUUUGGAGCAGUCACUUCAUUCACCGAACUCAAGAUAGCACGGAACAUUUACAUUAAAGUGGGGGAAGAUCAAGUAUUUCCUCCCACAUGCAACAUAGGGAAGAAUUUUCUCUCACUCAAUUACCUUGCCGAGUACCUUCAGCCCAAAGCAGCGGAAGGGUGUGUGAUGUCCAGGCAACCCCAGGAUAAGGAAGUACAUAUCAUCGAGUUAAUCACCCCCAACUCUAACCCCUACAGUGCUUUCCAGGUGGAUAUAAUAAUUGACAUAAGACCUUCUCGAAAGGAUCCUGAGGUGGUCAAAAAUCUCAUCUUGAUCUUAAAGUGCAAAAAGUCUGUCAACUGGGUGAUCAAAUCUUUCGAUGUUAAGGGAAACCUGAAAGUUAUUGCUCCAAACAGUAUUGGCUUUGGAAAAGAGAGUGAGAGAUCCAUGACAAUGACUAAAUCAGUAAGAGAUGACAUUCCUUCAACCCAAGAGAAUCUGGUCAAGUGGGCUUUGGACAACGGCUAUAGUCCAGUGACAUCUUACACAGUGGCUCCUGUGGCGAACAGAUUUCACCUUCGGCUUGAAAAUAAUGAGGAGAUGAGAGAUGAGGAAGUCCAUACCAUCCCUCCCGAGCUACUGAUCCUGCGGGACUCUGGCACCCUGGACAACCUACCCACUCGGGAAAGAGGAGGCCUAAAUAGAGGUUUCCCCUUUCCUUUCCUGGAGGUCCCCAGGAAAGGCCAGAAAGAAGGGGGAGAAGAUGGGAUCUUCCCGCCAAAGGACCCUGUCAUCCCCAGCUUACGACUGUUUCCUGGUCCCAGGGAGCCUGAGGAGGUGCAAGGAAGCAUGGAUGUCGCCCUGUCAGUCAAGUGCGACAAUGAGAAGAUGACUGUCGCUGUAGAAAAAGAUUCUUUUCAGGCCAACAGCUACUCGGGGAUGGAGCUCACCCUGUUGGAUCCUAACUGCAAGGCCAAGAUGAAUGGCACCCACUUCAUUUUGGAGUCUCCCCUGAAUGCCUGCGGUACUCGGCACCGGCGGUCGGCCCCUGAUGGUGUGGUUUACUAUAACUCUAUUGUGAUACAGGUUCCAUCCCCUGGGGACAGCAGUGGGUGGCCAGAUGGCUAUGAAGAUUUGGAGUCAGGUGAUAAUGGAUUUCCAGGAGAUAUGGAUGAAGGAGAUAUUUCCUUCUUCAGCCGACCUGAAAUUUUGGUGUUUAACUGCAGCCUGCGGCAGGUGGGGAAUCCCAGUAGCUCCCAGGACACGCCCAACAGAAACAUCAGCUUCAACAUGGAGCUGUACAACACUGACCUCUUUCUGGUGCCCUCCCAGGGGGUCUUCUCUGUGGCAGAGAAGGAACACAUUUAUGUUGAGGUGUCUGUUACGAAGGCUGACCAGGAACUGGGAUUUGCCAUCCAAACGUGCUUUAUCUCUCCAUACUCGAACCCUGAUAGGAUGUCUGAUUACACCAUCAUUGAGAACAUCUGUCCUAAAGAUGAAUCUGUGAAAUUCUACAGUCCCAAGAGGAUGCUCUUCCCUAUCUCACAAGCUGAGGUGGAUAAGAAGCAAUUCAGCUUUAUUUUUAAGUCUGUCUUCAACACCUCAUUGCUCUUUCUGCAGUGUGAGCUCACUUUAUGUACCAAGAAGGAAAAGGACCCUCCAAAGUUACCUAAGUGCGUGCCUCCUGAUGAAGCCUGCACCUCGCUGGACGCCUCGACAAUCUGGGCCAUGAUGCAGAAUAAGAAGACAUUCACUAAGCCCCUUGCUGUCAUCCAUCACGAAGUGGAAUCUAAAGGUCCAAGCAUUAAGGAACCGAAUCCAAUUUCUCCACCAAUUUUCCAUGGUCUGGACACCAUAACCGUGAUGGGCAUCGCGUUCGCAGCAUUUGUGAUUGGAGCACUCCUAACGGGGGCCUUGUGGUACAUCUACUCUCACACAGGGGAGACUGCAGGAAGGCAGCAGGUCCCCACCUCCCCGCCGGCCUCAGAGAACAGCAGCGCAGCUCACAGCAUCGGCAGCACACAGAGCACGCCCUGCUCCAGCAGCAGCACGGCCUAGCCCAGCGGCCACUGCCAAGGGCAGGGCCUGACAGCACGUGUGUCCAGACUUCAGAAAGGCUUGAUUGUGGUUCCUUUGUAAAGAGAGAGUGAAUUGCAAUGGAAACAUCACCUGUUAUAUUCACCCCCCACCCAGGGCUAAUCUAAAUGUGACCCCUGGGCUUCCAUGUGAGAGAGCUAAGGCGGUGGCCUUCUCCACCAGCCCCUCACAGGUUUGGGGGUUUUCAAUGUGAAACACAUGCCAGUUUUUAAAAUGCUGCUUUGUCCAGGUAAGAACAUCUACAGUUUGGGCCCCUGAGUUUUCUCCAGACUCAAAGAGUUGGUAAAAGGAGGAUAGCCGGAUAGUAAGUAGAACAAGUGAAAUGUGGCCAAAGAUUCUUCUAUAACUGAACCAAGAGGUAAAACAAAAGAAAUGCUUCAAGACUUUCUAAGUGCAUUCCUCCUUGUCUUGUUUGCACCUCUAGACGCACACUUCUCACCUUGCUGCCACGCCCCGUCAUGGCCUUGCGUUCCCCACAGGCGCUGCCCUCAGGGACUGUGCCCUGACACACAUCACGGCAACAUUCCCUCCCGUGCCCUGGGCCAAAACCAGUGCUGGGCACAGUGACCAUUUCCCCUCUUCCUGCACCGGCGCACCGACGGCAGAAAUGUCUUAAUGCAAAUUUCUUAUUUCUGGAUAGGCAUGAAGAAAUUGAAAAUGGCCAAAAUCUGGGGCUGCAGAUGUGUGCCCAUUUAUCGCAUUGUGUUCUGAUAAAUUAAUGUAUAAAUUAGGGCACAAUUUAGUUGUCCAAUGAAGGAGGAAUUUGCUCAGUGAUAUAUAUGCCAGCAUGUAAUAUGUCAUCUGGCUCAUUGGUUUUCUCAGUUGAAGAAGAAGAAGAAAAUUAUUCCUUUUUUAAAAAUGUCCUAUGCCUUUAGAAUUGAAGCUAUUCUUAAACAUGGUUGGGAGAAUUAGUGUUUCCACUCAAAACAUGUCAACCUUUGUGAGACCGUUUUGUAAAAACCAAGCUUUUGCAAGAUGCAAAUGCACGGCAGAUCCUGUUAGGUUGCAGCUGGUUACACGAACAGGUUCCCCAAUUCUGCCAGGGAAGUGCUGAGAUAGGGAAAAGGGCACUUGUUUGGAUGGCUUUAGUUCUCUUGCCUGCAUACAUCCCAAACUCAAAAAGGAUUUAAGAUGGAAUAAUAUCAUGCCACUUUGCAGCUAAAAUAAGCUCAACUGAUACCUCUAUGUUAAAAAAGAAUGCCAGAGGAAAAUCUCCAUGCCAAGUCAUUUACUACUGAGGAUAGCUUUAUUGCAAAUAAAUACUAUUCUUUCUCUAGAUUCUCCCCAAAUGACUCAAGUUUUUACAAAUAAAACAAGCUAGAUUCUACCCCCAAAUAUUCAUAAGCAAACCUCACUGCCCUUAGAGUAAGGAAGUUGUGCCUGGUACAAUGUGAAUGCACCUUCAGUAGGAGAUGCUGACACUCAAGGCCUAAGGGCAGUGUCUACAAGGCAAACAAGCAGGUUACCCAAUGAUAGAGUAAUAAUAUUCUGAUUGAUUUGAUAGGUGUAGACAGUCAAUCAGGAUAAUUUCACUUGCCAACACAGGUGAGUUGAAGGCUAAGAUUUCCAGGUUUUCUAUGUUGAUAAUUUUGCAUAUUUCCACAUACAGAGGAAGAUCUGAGACUAGAGAAUAUUGUUCCUUUAGUUGGCUUUUUUUUAACAUAAGGGUAUCAGAGUGGAGGUCCUAGAUUAUGCUACCUGUGUUCGAAAAUAAUGCGCUUUGCCUAACCUUCAGCAGAAUGUAUUGUUUUAGCAUAUUCUAUGUAUAAAAAGGUUUAAAGAUGUCUUCAAAGAAGACUAGAGUCUUUAAGUCACUUAUAGCUAUAUUUUACUACAAACAUUUGUGUAUAAAGAUAUAUUUAAGUGUUUUAGAUUUAAAAAAAAAGUUACUCCAUAUGAAAUGUUUAAGUCCAUUUACUGUGAAUUCUUUUAAUCAGUUCUUUGCUUUCAAAAAAACCCUUUUUAUCCUGUUAAAAAUAAAACUAGCUACUAAGAGGUAUUAAAAGAUCCAGUUCUUAGAUAGACAGAUUUAAACAUUUUGUAAUAUAUUUAAAUGUAUAUUUUUUGAGAAAGAUGCUAAUUACCAAUGAUGUUAUAAGUAAUUUAAAAUUAAUUUACAAAUUUAUACAUACAAACCAAAAUAUUUUAAAAGAAAGAGAAGAAAAAAGACAACUUUUAUUUGUUUGGGUCUGAUUGCCAGAAGUUAUUCAGGCCAAGAAAUCCAUGCUGAUAAAACUCGAUCCCAUGUUAAUUGGAGAGUGAAUGUCACUAAGUAUUUCUGAAAUGUUUCUUGUAAAAUGAGCAUUAAAAAAAUAGUGUUUUCUCUCUGACUUCCUGUUAGAGCAUUUCCAAUUGCUUCAGACUUCACAGUUUUAAUACAGAAUACAAGUUCAACUUUAUAACACGUUCUGCAAGCUUCUGUAAAACUCUUGUUGUAUUCCAGUUAAACUCUCCUCCUCUCUGCUGUUUUUUGUAACUUCUGCAGUCUGCACCCUUAAUUUGCAGAGGCUGUCUUGUUUUGUUUGGUUUCAUGCUAAAAGCUCUUGUUGAAAUGCUCUAAACUCCAAGGCAGAUUGUCUCUGUAACAUCCUAGAGCUUUUCACCAUGUGGUGUUUAUCAGCUAUUACUCUGUAUUUUAAAAGUCAGAAAUUCCUUCUGUCUAAGCUGUUUCUAUAGCAUUUUUCUCAGCCACCACCACAACAAAAAGAUGGCCUUUUCCUUGCCUGUAAUAAGAUUGUAACCCCGUUUCCGGCGUGUGUUCUGUCGUGGGCCUGCUGGUGAGCCCGUGGUCUUUCUGUACUGUAACUACCUCAUGGUCUGAGUGCUGACUGUACUGCUGGUUGUGUUAACAGAGCACAUUAUGUUGGAUGAAUUGUGUGUGUGAUUUUUUUCUGUUUGUUUUAGCUGGGGGGUGUUCAUGAAACUGACAGAUGUUUUUCUGAAAAGGACUAUUAUCAGUUUUCAAAUACAAUACUUCUCUCUUCUGGUUUUUCCUGAAUGAGCCUGAUUUUGUUGCUGUUUUUCUUUUAUCAUCUAUGAGGGUAAAAAGAGUACCCUUAAAAUCCCUGUGGCCAGUUUGAACACCCCUAUUGUAUGUAGUCUUUUUCUCUGUUCAAUGUGUUGGCAAUUUUGUGAACAUGCUUAGAUGUAUAGUUUUGAUAACCACAGUUUUAAGUACUUUAUUUGCGCAUAAUAAAAAGAUAUAUAUCAAUUAUUAA